AUGAAGAAGGAGGCCAAGCCAGUGAAGCCCAACGACAAGCCUAACGACUUGCAGGCGUCCAAGAAGGACAACAAGAUCGAAAACCCCUCGUUCGUGCCCGAACAGCCCAAGCCUCUGUCAUCAAAGGACAAGGACACAAAGCGACUCAUUGUCGUUCUGUCCCAGGCCUGUCUGGAAACUCACAAGAUCCCUUCUUCUGGAGGCGACAAGUAUGCACUGCUCAACUGUGACGACCACCAGGGUCUUCUGAAGCGAAUGCAGCGAGAUAUCGCUGAGGCCCGGCCCGACAUUACCCAUCAGUGUCUGCUGACUCUUCUGGACUCUCCCAUCUCCAAGGCUGGCAAGCUACAGGUUUACAUUUCCACCGCGCGAAACGUGCUCAUCGAAGUGAAUCCCUGUGUUCGAAUCCCCCGAACUUUCAAGCGAUUCUCCGGUCUCAUGGUCCAGCUACUGCACGAGCUGUCUAUCCGAUCGGUCAACUCGGAGGAGAAGCUGCUCAAGGUGAUCAAGAACCCUAUCACCGACCAUCUGCCCCACAAGUGCCGAAAGGUGACACUGUCGUUCGACGCACCUGUGGUCAAGACCCAGGACUACAUUGAGAAGUUGGAUGAUGACGAGAGCAUUUGUGUGUUUGUGGGAGCCAUGGCUCGAGGAAAGGAUUCUUUUGCCGACGAGUUUGUCGACGAGAAGAUUGGUCUGUCUAACUACCCUCUUUCGGCCUCGGUGGCCUGCUCAAAGUUCUGCCAUGGAGCUGAGGACGCCUGGGGCAUCCAGUAA